AUGAAUGUUUUGUCGGAUUUGUGUUUUAACAGUCCUGAUGAGUGGGUUUGGCCACCGGGGUUUCGGUUCCAUCCGACUGAUGAGGAGUUGGUUCUGUACUAUUUGAAGAGAAAGAUAUGUAGAAAGAAGUUGAAGCUGGAUGUAAUCCGAGAGACUGAUGUGUACAAAUGGGAUCCUGAAGAAUUGCUUGGGCAAUCAAUAUUGAAAACUGGAGAUCGGCUGUGGUUCUUUUUCAGUCCAAGGGAUAGAAAGUAUCCCAAUGGAGCAAGAUCAAAUAGGGCAACCAAACAUGGCUAUUGGAAAGCUACUGGAAAGGAUCGCAAUGUUUCUUGCAACUCUCGCACUGUUGGAGUAAAGAAAACCCUUGUGUAUUACAGGGGCCGAGCACCAAGUGGUGAGCGCACAGACUGGGUGAUGCAUGAAUACACAUUGGAUGAAGAGGAGCUCAAGAGAUGCCAGAAUGUAAUGGAUUAUUAUGCGCUGUAUAAGGUCUACAAAAAAAGUGGACUUGGUCCAAAAAAUGGUGAACAGUAUGGAGCACCAUUUAAAGAAGAAGACUGGGCUGAUGAUGAUGAAUGCCAAGAUGUCAUGGACACUACUAAGUCUAGGGUUCCUGUGGAACAGCAUUAUGAGGUUACUUCUUUUGGUAAUGUAAAAGCUAAUGGCCAUAUUGAACCUUUAGCAAUUAACCUUGAGGAGUUUUCGACGCAAAUCAUGGAUGAGACUGAUCUUCAGCAGCCACAGGAUAUUGGCUAUGGCUAUACACUAUCCCAGGUUGUUGGUACUCACUUGGAACCAUCACUCACGAAUGUUAUCCUUCCUCAACCAGUCCCUGUUGCAGCUAGCCAUCAACAGUACUUUGGUGAGCAGACAGGCUUUGGUGUUCCCCAGCAAGCUGCAUCUGGAAUGCAAAUGCGUGAGGUACUUGAGGUCAAUUCUGCUCCUAAUGAUGGUGGACGAGCAGUUCAUCACGUAAAUGUGAGAAACUUCAUUGAAACUGACGAUCUCCUCACGCCAGAUCCUACUUUUACUAUAGUCGAGAAUCCGGUGCAGAAUUUUCAGCUUGAUGGAUUCAAUGGGUUUCAUCUGUACCAGGAUGCGCAGAUGUUCCUACCUGCUGAUCACCAAACAAUGUCACAUCCUUACAUGAAUUCCAUGGGGCAGGAUAUGGCGAACCAGGUGGAUUAUCAGUUGCCACUCCCUUUCGCGGGUGCAGCUCUUAAUCAUCAGAUUAUCAGUACUUCGUGGACAUAUAACCAACCAUCACAAUACUGA